AUGGCUGCUACUUCUCCCUCCCUCCUCAUUAUAGGAGCCGGCAACUUUGGUGCCGCUACCGCUCUGUCCCUCCUCAGAAAGGACGCCAACGCCAAGGUCACCAUUGUCGACACGGCAGAAUAUCCCAACCCCAGAGCAGCCUCGCAUGAUAUCAACAAGAUCGUCCGCGAUGACUACCCAGACAAGCUGUACAUGCGGCUGCUGAAGAAGGCCAUGCCCCUCUGGCGGCAGGACGAUCUAUACAAGACGUGGUAUCACGAGGUGGGCAUGCUCCGGGCCGAUGCUACCUCUUUUGGCGAGGACAGCAUUGCCUCUUACCGCGACAUGGGCAUCUCCAACGAGUCCGAGAUGCUGCCCGUGGACGAGGUGCGCCGCCGCUGGAACGGUGCCUUUGCGACUGCCGACUUCAAGGGCGUGGACCGGAUCCUUUGGAACCCUAGCGUGGGAUUCGCCGAGGCUGACAAGGCGCUCGGCGCGGUUGUCCAGGCCGCCGUGGACCUGGGAGCCGAGUACGUCGUGGGCGAGAUGGCCAAGCUCGAGCUCGGAGCCGGGGGCCAAUGCACAGGCGUCGUGCUCAGCGACGGCAAGACGCUUCGGGCAGACCAAGUGCUCAUGUGCACAGGCGCGCGGACGGCACCGCUCCUUGCGCAAAGCGCGCCGGAUCGACCGCAGCUCCACGCUGGCGACAGGCUGUUGGCCACAGGCGCCGUAAGCUUCUACGCGAAGCUGCACGGAGCGCAAAAGGACAAGUUCUCUACGAUUCCCGUGCUCAAGAACUGCUUGCCGCAGGUGAAGGGCGAGGGUAUGUCGAUACUCGAUGACGGCACUAUCAAGUUCAACUGCGACCUAUGCUUUACAAACUACCAAGUCUUCCCCGCGACGGGCGAGGCAAUGUCGGUGGUGCCCGACCAGUCCAUGUACAACACGUGGACGGGCCCUCGCUUCCUCAAGUUCUUUGAAGAUCGUGCGCGGCGGACCUUUGAUGGGCUCUACGGCAAGGAGGUCGAGGAUAUCAAGAUUGAGGCCUACCGGAUGUGUUGGGACGCAUCUACGCCGACGCACGACUUUCUCAUCUCGCCGCACCCGCACUGCGACAACCUGUAUCUGGCCACAGGCGGCUCGUUCCACGGAUGGAAGUUCUUGCCCGUCAUCGGUGACUACGUCGUCGACAUGCUGCAGGGAACCCUGGACAGCGACUUUGCCGACCGGUGGGCCUGGGACAAGAAGGGCGGCGACGGACACUCGGCGAAUCCCACGUACCAGAUUGUCGGGGACCUGCAGGACUGGACCCGCGGAUGGGCUAACUAA